UUGGAUCGAAAAAGUAGACGCGCUUUGGGAUUUCUGGUUUCGUCGAGCAUUUCCUCUCUCUCUCCUUCUUCUUCCUCCUUUGCGUCUUCUUGAAUAUAAGGGGAGAGGGUUUUGAUUUUCCAUGGUUUCGAUGAUCCACUUUUUUGAUAUCUUUUUCUCUACGAUUAAUAUAAUUUUUGUUAUUUUGGUUUUUCUGGUUCAUCUAUCAAAUUAUUAGCUGGUUCUCUCGAGCUGUACCUUUCCAUCACUUUCUCGGGAAUAAUCAUGUCUUCGAUCGCUUUCUUCCUCUGCUGUUGUUCUUGGUUGUUACAUUGAUUGAUUUCUUCCCGUGAUUCUCUGAUUGUUCCCGUUUAAAAAUAUUUAGCGUUGACUUUAUUGCUUGACUGGUAAAAAUAUGUUCUUCAUAUCUUCCGUACCAUUUAAUCCUCUUUUGGGAUUUUAGGGUUUAAAUUUGUGGAAUUCUUCAUACUCUGUCCUCUGGCCUGAUUGGGUAUUCGUUAGAUCACACAAAACUGGGUUUCUUUGCUUAUGUGUUAAUUGCUCUAUUUUCUUCAGGCUUGAUUUAGAUAUUGGGGUUUUUGGGAGUUUUGUGCAAUAAUUGAUGGAUGCAAGCCAUAAGGAUUUGAAGGAUGUCAAUGGCUGUAAAAUCAAGCCUGUAGCUAAUAUAGAUUCUCAAAAAGUUGAGGAUCACUCCUAUACAGAAGAGGAUAGCGAAUCAAAUUCUUUGUUGCCACCUAGGAAAGGUGGAAUGUCGAGAAAAUCGGAUAAAAUGCCACGGAAGGUGCAAUGGAACGAUAGGAACGGGAAUAAGCUGGUGGAGGUAUUAGAAUUUGAACCAAGUGAUGUGAGCGACUCUGAUGACGAGGAUUCAGAUUCUUGCAUCUGUACCAUAAUGUAGAUAUCCAUACAGAAAAAUAAUAUGAAGGAGUAUCUGCUGUUAUUGAACGAGGAUUCUAUCCCACGUCACUGCAAAGUGGCCCGGUUUUCACAUUCUGUUGUAGGAUGUAGCAGGCAAGGAAAUCUCUCAUGUGUUGCAACAGCUUGCUUGAUUCGUCAUCAGUCAACUAUGAGCCUCUUCUUGAUUGGAUUAUGGUCAGUUUUGCUAGAAUCUGCGGAUAAAUUCUUCUGGUGUAAUGUAACAAAUAAUGAUGACGGAAAUCUUGCUUCGAUCACAUGUAGUAUACUUUGUGUGAUUAUGCUUCUUGUGCCGUUGCCAUGAAUGUUGAUAUUUGGUUUAACAAAGCUGUAGAUAACUGUUGUAUGUUGAUGUUGUACUUGUUUUUAUUUCAUGGAGGUGAGAUCGCUACAAGACUUAGAUUUAGAACGAACGAAGAGAAGAAAGAAGAAAAAAAAUGGCACAUGGUUAUGCUUGGCAAGCUAAGAGAAGAUAACUUACCUAUCU